UGUAAAAUUUUGAAAAUGGAGUAUCGGUACACGUUGAAAACGCCGAUAAACACGUUUGUAGUAUUGCCUCACACCGGUCAAAUACAGGAUAAGUUUUGCUAUAAAACGUGUGACAUAUUCCCAACAACACAUUGUAUCCUCAACUGCGUUGACUACAAACCGUCCAUCAUGUCUACCCUCGCCUUCUUGCUCCUCUGCGUCCAAGCUUGCUUGGUUCAGAAUGUAUACGGCCUGUGCCGUGGCUCGUUAGCUGGACCUUUUGGAUAUGAAGCUGGUCUGGCUGGACCAAUUGGCUACGGCUACGGUUAUGGCCCCGGUAUCGCCGGUCUAGGUUUGGAAGGCGGUCUUGCUGGACCCCUCGGCUUAGCUGGCUGUGGUGCUGCUUACGGUGGUGCUGGUGUUGGUGAUGUAGCCGUCGCCGGAGAGAUGGCUGUCGGUGGUAGCACGUUGGUAGCUGGUCAGGUACCAAUCCUCGGUGCUGUAGAAUUCGGAGGCAUCGUGCCAGCUGCCGGAGCUGUCUCCAUUGCCGGAAGCUGCGGCUGCGGCUGCAACGGAUACAUUUACUGAAGGGAAAUGUUUUGCUGCUGCUAAUUGAUAAAACCAAAACAAAGAAUAAAUGAUUGAUGUGCAUUACGAUA